GUCUGGUGCGAGUGGUAACAGCGCGAGUAGAUCUGAGCUGCGUCUGCUCAGUGGCUGCUGCUAUGGUGCGAGGACCGUCCCACCGCCAGCGGAGAGAAUAACACCCCGGUUCAGAGUUCAGGGAGAAAGUCUGAGGUGGAGGAAAAAUUACAGUCUCACACAGGAGAAUAUGAACAAAGCAGAAGCACCAUGUCGACCCAUCGCCUCUCUGAAAUUCACCAUUGACAACAUCCUGAACCUGAGGACGAGCUGUGACAGCUGUCAUUCCUCCGGGCAGCAGGAUGAAGCGGUCCCAGAGCGGAGGCCAGACCCGGGCAGCAAGCUGAGCCAAAGGGGGCUUCUGAGCACCGGCAGCGGAACGGUGGACUCGGUCAUCAUCGGCUGCGUGAACCAGGGGAAGGCGGCCGACACGCGCUUCGAGAGCGGGGACAGCAGCUGCGACGACAGCGGCUCCAUCUCCACCACGGUGACGGCGGCAGCGCUGGUGGCUCCCGGGGACCCCCACAGAGGAGGGAGCCCCAGCAAGAAGAGCAAACUAGUGAACAAAAAGAAGACGCGCACAAUUUUUUCCAAGAGACAGAUCUUCCAGUUGGAGUCUACCUUCGACAUGAAACGCUACCUGAGCAGCGCGGAGCGCGCGUGCCUGGCCAGCUCUCUGCAGCUGACGGAGACGCAGGUGAAAAUAUGGUUUCAGAACCGCAGGAAUAAACUGAAGCGCCAGAUCUCCACCGAGAUCGACGGACCGGCCGGCGAUUUCCCCGAGGCUGGGAAACCGGCGUCGGUGGGGAACCUGCCGCCCUUGUACAAAGAGAGCAACCUGCUGGGCAGAUGUCUGCUGCCCAUGCCCCUUCCAGUGGUGUACCCGGGGAGUAGCACGCCUUACCUCUGCUUCUCUAACGCCAGCAAGUACUUCAGCCUGUACGACGGGGACGUAUGACGACAUUGCAAUGGCUUCCUGUGCGGAAAAAAAGACUAUUUUUGGUCGCCCUGUAGCCAAGUUUUUUGGAGCGUUUGAGACGUUUAGCGACCAUAACUUUUUAUUCUAAGCAUCAUUUUAAUGAAGACUGUAACUCUAAUGGGAAAUGAUUAGUUUCCUAUUCCAUACGAAUAGGCAUAUGCAGCAUUAUUUAUUUCCAGUUGAAGAAAAGGCCUUUAGAAGAACAGGUUACAUAACUGAUAGUCAAGAAGAAGGCCUGAAACAGUUACAUGUUAUUGUUUAUCGCAUACUAUUUCUUUUUUCUUCUUCUUAUUAUUUUAUCAACUGCAGCCUAAGCCACCAAAGAAAUUAUUACUAUAGCCUAUCUGCAUGCGUUUUCUGUCAUGAUUUUUUAAUACUAAAGUUAUGUAUUUAAAUGAAUGUAGUUAACGAUUUAUUUAGUUUUACGCAUGUGUUUUAUUUUUUUUUUCUAAAUAUCCGUUCUUACUUUAUUCCACUUUGCCAAGAGGCUCAUUACACAUUUUAAUGUUAUUAAACAGCUGAA